AUGUAUCUCAUUCUUCUCCUCCCUUCCCUCUGGAUCCUCUACUAUCUACUUCAUCUCCUCUAUACAACCUUCAUUUUGCGCUCUCUUUCCUCCGUCCCCGGGCCCUUUCUCACUCGGUUGACCAAGCUCUGGUACUUUGAUCGCGUACGACGGGGUCACUUCGAAGAAGACAACGUGCGUCUCCAUCGCCGAUACGGCCCCGUCGUGCGCAUCGCCCCGGACCACUACAGUAUCAGCGACCGGUCCGCCAUCAAGACAGUCUACGGAACGGGCAGCAAAUUCGCCAAGGCAGCCUGGUACGAGGGCUGGAAGCACCCCGAUCCCGACCGGUGGGCCUUGUUUCCCGACCGUAAUGUAAAGCGACACGCCGAAACGCGCAAGAGAUUCUCCAGCCUCUAUUCGAUGACCUCGUUGGUUCACUAUGAGCAAUUCGUCGAUCAUUGUGCCGAUAUCUUCACCCAGCGAUUGACCGAGUUCACAGCGCGCGGGGAGGUUCUCAACCUCGGGCAUUGGUUCCAAUGUUACGCCUUUGACGUGAUUGGCGAGAUCACCUUCGGGAAGAGAUUUGGUUUUCUAGAUCAAGGACACGAUAUCGAAGGCACUAUGGAUGCGCUCCAGAAGCUGAUGGCGUACAGCACGCUGGUCGGAAUCUAUCCCGAAUGGCAUCCCCGACUAUUCGGCCCGCUGAGUCGCUUCAGCUGGUCUGGAGCCGGUGGUCGAGCCUAUAUAAUGCGGUACGUGGGGGAGAGAAUCCAACAGCAUAACGCACAGCCGAAGCGAAAUCCCGGGAGCGAUACUCUCCAAACGCAGGACUUCUUGGAGAAAAUGACUUUAGCGCGAGACAAAGACCCCGAAAAGGUCACCGACUAUCAUCUCUUCAUGAUGGGUCAAUCCAACGUCAUUGCCGGCUCGGAUACCACGGCCAUCAGCCUGUCGGCCAUCAUGUACUACUUGCUGCAUUCGCCGAUCGUGCUGGCAAGAUUGCGCAACGAAAUCGAUGAUUUCACCACACAAGGUCGCUGCAGCGCUCGCGUCACGUUCAAAGAAAGCCAAGAGAUGCCGUACUUCCAGGCUGUCAUCAAAGAAGCUCUUCGCAUACACAGCGCCACAGGCUUGCCCCUGUGGCGCGAAGUUCCGGUGGGCGGAGCAGAGAUUGGCGGCUACUUCUUCCCUGGCGGCUCGGUGGUGGGCGUAAACACCUGGGUGGCACACUAUGACGAGGAGGUCUUUCCCGACGCAAAGGCUUUCAAACCGGAGAGAUGGAUAGAAGCGGAGAAUGACCCGGAGAGACUGAAGAUCAUGAACGACAUGUAUAUGCCGGUGAGUUUGACUUCUCUUGCUGCGCUCUUUGAGUCUCGAAUGCAUCGCACUGACACCUAA